AUGGAUCUCAUGGAUGAAACCCCAGAUUUUUUGUCGUCUGUGCCGGCGAACACUAGUGGGGUCAAUGCUCCAGUGCAUAGAGCUCGGGGAUAUCAACUGGAGAUGCUAGAAGCGAGUCUUCAACAGAAUAUUAUUGUCGCCAUGGACACGGGAAGUGGCAAAACUCACAUUGCUGUUCUUCGCAUCAUCGCAGAACUUGAAAGAUGCCCCCCAGAUAAGCUCGUGUGGUUCCUGGCACCAACCGUGUCUUUGUGCUUCCAGCAACAUGAUGUGCUCAGCUCCCAAAUUCCAUCCGCCAAAACAAAAGUCUUGACGGGAGACGAUCACGUCGAGAGAUGGACAGAGCAGGCCGUAUGGAAUAAGGUGCUCGAGGAUGUCCGCAUUGUCUGCUCAACCUAUGCAAUCCUCUCUGAUGCCUUGAUUCAUGGUUUUGUACAAAUGUCACAACUAGCUUUGUUGGUAUUCGAUGAGGCACAUCACUGCACACGCGGACAUCCGGCCAACAAGAUAAUGCGCAAUCAUUAUCACCCGACCAAGGCCCUCCAUGGCUCAGGUUCAGUACCGCAUAUACUAGGGCUGACUGCGAGUCCAAUUGUUCGAUCCAAGCCCGGGGAGUUGAGAAUGAUUGAAGCCAAUUUGGAUGCCAUUUGCAAAACCCCGCAUCGAAAUCGCUCUGAACUUCUGCAACAUGUUCACCGGCCACGACUGGAGCAAAUUGUCUAUCCCAGUCUCAGUCAUCACGUAGGAACUACCGGUAGUCUGGUGAUUCCUUGGCUAGUACGAUGCAUCCAAGCUUAUCGCCGAGAUGAAGACCCAUUCUACGAGGCAGCAUCAACUUUGGACACCGCAGGCCAGGCUGAGGCCGCUCAAACAAGACAGAGCGCCUGCAAAGAGCAGCUGAACAAGUUUCUCGAUCGGAGCCUCAAGAUCUAUAAUGAGCUUGGUGGCUGGGCAGCCGAUUACUUUAUCCAGGCGACCAUCGAUCAGCUUCGACAAUCCAUUGAGAACAAGGACUCAAUCGUGAGUCCAGAUCACGCGGAAAAGGUCUACCUUCUUGAAUUUCUCAUCAGCCUCCCAAUGCCGCUGGGCGAAAAUGAGAACAACCAUAUUUCGCCAAAGUUGGAGAUGCUUUUAACGUUCCUGAGUGCCGUCGACACCGCGGAAUUCUCAGGUAUCAUUUUUGUCAAGGAGAGAGUGACCGUCAGUGUCCUCUCUAGACUUCUAGCUUGCCACCCGGCGACUAAAGACAAAUUCCGCAGCGCUUCAUUCGUCGGGUGGUCAAAUAAUGCAGCGCGCAAGCAUAUGCUCGGGGAUCUCAUAUCUCGGGACAUGCAACGCGAUACGCUGGCCGAGUUUAAGGCCGGGCGGAAGAAUUUGCUUGUCGGAACUGAUGUCCUGGAAGAAGGACUCGAUAUCAGUGCUUGUCGCAUGGUGAUCUGUUUCGAUAAGCCGCCAAAUGUCAAAUCUUUCAUCCAGCGACGAGGCCGGGCACGGCAUUCUCAAUCAGUUUACGCCCUUAUGCUUUCCACGGAUGAUAAAGCACUUGCUGUGACACAGUGGCAGGCUCUAGAGCUGGCGAUGAUAGAAGCCUACCAGCAGGAACGACGACACACGGAUGAGGAACUCGCUAUAGAGGCCCUCGAAGAAGUCGUAGACGAUUGGCUCUUCGUAGAAUCUACGAGUGCCCGGAUUUCUGCAGACGAAGCAGUACAGCAUCUCCUGCACUUUUGCGGGGUACUUCCAUCUAAUUCACACGUCAACAACAGCCCAAUCUUCUCCUACGAAGAUAAUCAAAGUGGCCUCAUUCGCGGGACGGUGACCCUUCCGAACUCCGUUCACCCUGCUGUUCGCCGAGCCGAAGGUAAGAGGUGGUGGCGCACAGAAAGGGCAGCCAGGAAAGACGCAGCCUUCCAAGCGUACAAAGCUCUCUGGGAAUAUGGACUCGUCAAUGACAAUCUCCUGCCACUCUCGCGCAAGGCGGACUUGAAACUCUCAAAGGAUGAGCCAAUGCCGGCGAUUGUUGAAUGCUCUGCGCAGUACGAUCCCUACGUAGAUCUUGCUCAUGCUUGGGUAGCACAGGACCUUCAUACCACAAGCAUCACGGUGUCUGAUAAGAAGACUGGCGAAGUCAUAGAGGACUUGCAGAUGCUCAUGGUUCUUCCUAAGGCCAUGCCUAUGCCAGAUCCACUCACUUUCUUUUGGGAGACGGAGACAGUUCUGACUGUGACCUUUGGAGAAAGCCAACCUCUGCCAUGCAAGCCCUCUCAAGAGACAAUCAAGCACCUGCGUGACAUCACAGCGAUGUAUCUCCAAGCGCCAUCAACUCGCUUACAGGGCGUAGACAGAGACUAUGUGGCUUUAUUCAUACCCAACAUUCCCAUCGACGAUCUCGGGGCGUGGAUCCAGCAGUAUCAGGGCACAGAAAAGGCCACAGAAAUAUACACUCGUGAUUCCACAAUUUCCCCAGCUGGUAUCGUUCGUGAUACCGCGAAAUACAGCGAACCGCGCCUGUUUCGCAUGUGGCACGGCGCAGACACACUUCAGGUUGAGGUUCAACAGCUGCCCCGUCGGCGCAAUCUCCUGCAGUACCGGAAUCCGUCACAAGUUGCAGACGAGACAGAAAAGGCACCUCCCAAGAUCUACCUUGUUCCGGCAGCAGGAUGCACCGUGGAUAGACUUCCGUGGAAAAAGUCUGUGUUCGGUCUGUUCAUCUCCGCGAUUCUCGACCGUUUCGAAGCUACCGCGGUAGCCCACAAGCUCAACGAGACUAUCCUCAGAGGCUCCUCGAUUCAAGAUCUCAGCCACGUCUUGACCGCAAUCACGACACCCUUGGCCCAAGCGCCCACCCAUUACCAACUGUACGAGUUCUUUGGGGAUGCGGUACUCAAGUUCACGGCUAGUUGCCAACUCUUCUUUUCAAAGCCAGCUUGGCAUGAAGGGUACCUCUCGGAAAGUCGUGACAUGUCUGUCAAGAACCAACGUCUGGCGCGAGGAGCUCGCGAGACUGGCCUGGACCGAUUCAUCCUGAACGAUCGCUUUACUCCCCGAAAGUGGCACCCACCCUUUAUUUCUCAAAAGUCCGUCACCGCAGCCAACCCGCCAACGCGCAAAUUGGCCAUGAAUGUUCUUGCAGACGUCGUCGAAGCAUUAAUUGGUGCAGCGUACAUGGAUGGAGGCAUCUCAAAGGCUCAAACCUGCCUAUACCGAUUCGUGCCCGAAAUCGAUCUUCGGACAAUGUCACUCCAAGCGGAAGCCACGCCCCCGGCAAGCCACCUGAUCGAUGCAAAGAUUCUUGGUCAACUGAUUGGCUAUGAAUUCUCAAACACUCAUCUCAUGACUGAGGCACUUACGCAUCCAUCCUGUGAGCACGAUAUGAAGACCCAGUCGUACCAGCGACUCGAGUAUCUUGGCGACGCAGUCCUGGAUAUGGUAGUUGUCUCGUUACUGGCCAAGCUGAACCAGAAGAUUCCCGAAGGCAAAAUGACUUUGAUUAAACAUUCAGUCGUCAAUGCAGGUUUGAUGGCCUUCUUGUGCAUGGAUCUAUCAGUGGACGAUCUCCAUCUCUGGAAAUUCCUUCGCUUCAACGGGCCCUUCAUUGCCGCUUCACGAGACGCAUGUGUCGCUCGAUAUGAAGACUUGCACGAGUCGAUCCUGCAUGAAUUGAAAUAUGGUCGUGAGUAUCCCUGGGAAAUAUUCUCGCGUCUUCGACCCGACAAAUUCAUGUCAGACAUCAUCGAAAGUGUCCUCGGUGCCAUCUUCCUCGACACCGGUGCCGAUCUCAGCCUGCACUACUGCGAGGUGUUCCUCGAGAAAUUGGGCCUCCUCCCUUACCUGAGGCGUGUGAUCUCCGAGAAUAUCAAUGUUCAACAUCCUCGCAACAAGGCGCAAGACAUGCUGGCAAAGACGGUUGGGCAAGUUGCCUUUAAAUCCAGACGCGUCGAAGCGAAGGGCGUUCCAGCAACCUAUCGUUGCGCCGCCACUAUUAAUAAAAAGGAGAUUGCGCUGAUUGAGGGCUGUGCCUCUGCUGACGAGGCCGAGAUCAAGACAGCCCUGUGGCUGAUAGAAAAUUUCGACCCCUUGACUGGCGUAGGAAAUUUUGAAUGA